AUGUCAAUCACGACAACGGCAGGUGCUACUUUGAUAGGGAACGUUCCAGCCGCUACUUCUAAAGUUGCGACAUAUGAUAUGAGUGAUACCAUAUACUCGUACCUACCCAAAGUUGAUCAAUUUUAUAUUCCUGAAUGGCUUACAAUGCAAUUUAUCGCCAACAAUCUGAUCAGUUUCACCCCCCUAUUCUCUUAUGGUACCACGAUCAUUAGCAUCGAGAAAUGUAAGACUGCUUUGGGGUUUUCCAUAGAUAUAUGUGCCACAAUGUUGAUCGCUAGUAUUUUAAGGAUAUCUUAUUACCUCAUUACACCAUACGAAAUUACUUUGCUGAGACAGUCAUUGGUGAUGAUUUUUAUUCAACUGAUCUUGCUAAGAACAAGUUUAAAGUAUAGACCUGAUGAAUACAAGUACCAAAAUCUAACCGAUGUAGAGUCACUGUCACAUUUGAUUCACGACAUAUGGUUCGAGUUUUUUAGUUGCAUUAAUAGACCGAAAUUUCUAAGUGAAGAUUGGAAGAACUUGAUACGGUCACUAUCUUUCACAAACCUGUUGAAAUUUUCAUUCAAAAUUUUCUUGGCAUUCUUUUACAAAAUUUUAAAAUUCUUUGACCCUAAUUUUAAAAGAAUUGGAGCAUUUUGGCAGUGGGAUAACGAUAAAAACUUCUGGAGAUUCUUAGCCCUUUUUGCAACUGUCCAAUUACUAGUCACUUUUUUCAUUUCUAACAUCUUAAAUUGGGAUUCACUAGCACAAGGACUAGGUUCUAUCAUAGGAUCGUUGGGUUUAUUGGUAGAGUCCCUUUUACCAUUACCACAAAUUGCUAUUCUUUACAAAUUGAAAUCGGUCCAAGGUUUCAAAUUAAUUCUGUUAGUAAGCUGGCUUUGUGGCGAUACGUUGAAAAUCACGUACCUGAUAUUUGGCGCAAAAAAUAUAUCUGCCUUAUUUGUCAUUUUUGCAUUAUUCCAGAUGUCAUUAGAUUUUUACAUUGGUGGUCAAUACAUUUAUUAUAGAUACUACUAUCCAAAGCUAAGGCAUCAACACCAUCCCAAUGACAGUAAUGCGCCCUCGGAUGAAGAUGAGAGCGAAAUGUACGAGUUGGAUCUUUUUAAUACCUUACAAAAAGAUGUCGAAAAGGCCUUAAAACACGAUAGUAAUAAUACGUCAGAUUCACCUCAAAAUGAUCAAGUCGGUAAAUCUCAGGAACACGCGGUAACAGUAUAA